AUGUUCUCUCGUGCUUACGCCGUGGCUCUCUUUUUGUUCUUCGCCCUCCCUCUUCUUGCGGUCGCCACACCUGCCAAUGUCGUUGCGCGCGACCAGUGCAACACAGGCCCCAUCCAGUGCUGCCAGCAAACUCUCGACUCUCAGUCUGGGCAGGGCAAAUCGCUCUUGGGCCUGAUUACGGGCCUGCUCGGUAUCGUCGUCGGUGAUAUUACCGCCCUGAUCGGCUUGAACUGUAGCCCUAUCACCGUGAUUGGUGUCGGUGGUGGCUCCUGCAACGCCAGCCCCGUUUGCUGCUCUAACAAUGCCGUUGGUGGGCUCAUCUCCAUCGGCUGCGUCCCCAUCACUCUCUAAACGUGUGGCGAGAGGGUCUAAAGGAUUCGAGGGUUAGUGGGCGUGUUUGUCGUGGAGUGGACAUUAUCUUGUAACUAUGUGGUUCGUUUUGAUUGACCGUAUGCAUUGUGGAUGUUGGUUGG